AUGGAAGAUACCCUAGACACCAGCCAGAUAAAAUCAUGGCGUUCAAUCGUCACGCUCAUAGUAUUCAUCCUCACCAACAUUACAGUUUUGUUCCCUUUUAAAGUCCCGCUAUAUAUCCCGAGACCGGUUUCCACAGCUGUUCUCGGCAUGCUCAGUAACUGCCGCGUGAUAUCCCCCAGGCCGAAACAAUCUCGACGUGUUAAAACGGGCUCCCAUCCUUGCACGGUCGACCGGUAUGUGCGCCUGGAGUUUCCCAUGAAUUUUGUGACCGCACCAUUGGUUGCCGACCUCUUCCUGCUUGCGAUCUCGGCGAUCGGGCGUCAAGAGGUGCACGACGGGACGGUAGGAUCGAACAACAUCUCCCCCCUCGACAUCAUGGCCUUUUUCCUCACCCUGGCAUAUAUCGCCAUUUCCAUCGAUGCUUCAGGCUUGAUUAGGUACCUGGCGUUCCAGGUGCUCAAGAAAGGUGGCAAAGUCGGGCAUUGGCUCUUCUUCUACCUCUACACCUUCUUCUUUUGCUUGGGCACCUUCAUUGGAAACGACCCUAUCAUCCUAUCUGGUACAGCAUUCCUGGCUUAUAUGACUCGGGUCUCCAAGAAUAUCAUGCACCCAAGGGCGUGGAUCGUCAGUCAGUUUGCGGUGGCAAACACCGCCUCUGCCAUCCUUGUCUCUUCCAAUCCAACCAACCUCGUGCUAGCUGGCGCCUUCAAGAUCAAAUUCAUCACCUACACAGCCAAUAUGAUUGUGCCAGUCGUUGUCACAGCCAUCGUGCUCUUUCCGUUCCUGUUGUAUGUCGUCUUUGCCGAUAGCCGUCUCAUUCCCGUAUCGAUUCAGAUGCGCGACCUCCCUAAUAAUUUAAAAGGACGCGAGCGGCGCAAUCCCAAUAUCCCUUACGCACGGGGGAUUACGGAGGAAGAAGAUCAGACAGCCGCCAAUGCCGAAAAGGGCGAGAUUCUUUUGCUCGAAGAGAUUAUGAAUCCUUUCCUCGACAAAAAGGGCGCAGCAUUCGGAGCCUUGAUAAUGGCUGUGACGCUUAUCACCCUAUUAGCACUGAACGCGGCCAGCCAGAGCCAGGGCGAGUAUCCUGUGUUCUGGGUGACGUUGCCAGCUGCUUGCAUCAUGUUCUGCUGGGACGUCACUUUCGGGUUCAUGAACCGAAAGAUAACACGCAAGCUCGCUCGGCAGACUCUCUGGGAAUCUGAAGCUGAUAGAUCCAAGCCCGCCGCCAGUGGAGAUGAGAUGAAUGAGAAGGGGAUUGCUUCGGUGCAAGAAGAGUGGGUAGAAACGUCAAAUCACCAAAAAAGCGUGCAGGUGCAUUCGUCGGGCGCUGGAGAGUCUCGCCAUGGUUCUGCUGGGCACGAGGAUUGGAAGGCAGAUACAGACAAGAUCAAGUCUGGCGGUGUAAUUCCAGCGUCGAGAAUACCGACACUCACAUCCCUGACGCUUACUGGCUCUGGACAGGCAGAGUCAGACAAUGGCCCACUCGAUACGAAGCCGAUAGGGCAGGUGGACGUGGAGCGAAGCCUCUCUGAAAGCGAGCAACGGAGACGUGAGAGGCCGACGCUCGUUUCUCUUGUCUCGGAUGGGCAUCGCUGGUGCCAGGAGACCCUUCCGACAGUCACGGCUGUGGUGGCACAUUUGCCAUUUAUGCUUGUGCCAUUUGCCUUCUCCAUGUUCGUCCUCGUGCAGGCAUUGGUCACCAGGGGAUGGGUGCCUGUGUUCGCUCACGGAUGGGAUCACUGGGUGAACAAGACUGGAACCAUUGGUAGCAUCGGCGGCAUGGGUCUUCUCUCGGUCAUUCUUUGCAACUUUGCCGGCACAAACAUCGGCAGCACAAUCCUGCUUUCUCGUGUCAUUCAGGCAUGGCAAGAGAUCCACGUCGCCAAUGGAACUCCCCUCAGUAACCGGACAUUCUGGGCGACCGUGUAUAGUAUGGCGCUUGGUGUCAACUUUGGCGCGUACAGUAUGGCAUUCAGCGCAUCGUUGGCCGGGCUACUUUGGAGAGACAUACUGGCGAGAAAACACAUCAACGUGAGCAGACUCGAGUUUGCCUGGUGGAACGUUCCCAUCAUCGCCCUCGCAAUGGGUGUCGGUUGUGCCGUCCUUGUCGCGGAGGUGUACGUCGUCAGAGAUGACUCGCCAUAUCAUCCAGGAUGA